AUGACGGAGCCUGCGUGCAGCAACAUCAGCCGCGCUGCCUUGCGCUUCUACGCAGCACAGCGCACCGAAGGUGCUGCGGGGUUGGCAGUUGAUCCGGCGCAACAGGUGGCGGUGGCGCAUUAUGAUCUGUCGCCCUCGGCCGAUGCGAUGCAGGCGGCGCUGGAGGUUUUCAUGAACAGUCACGAGGAGGACGCGGUGAGCUUCGUCGCAGGCUUCUUGCACCUCACCCCAAGUGACAGAGUGACCGCGCUUGCGAAGCUUGAGGGCCAUGGGGAGGUCUCACCUGCUGGUGACGCGGCGGCAGGCAAUGAGCUCUCGGAGACACGCAUGACAGCUGCCACAUGGGCAGAACUGCGCCGCCGUCUUCAGCAACACGAACUGCAAACGCAUCAGCUUGCGCUGGCUGAGUGCCACUCUGGAGAUGCGCAGAAAGCGAAUCAGGACUGGCACUCCCUGAAGACUCGCACACAAUCAUUCGAAAGCGGACAGCGCCCUGUGGACGCCGAUACAUUGGCGGCACCUGCGGACGUACAGUCGUCUCCCACCAGGAAUGGCGACGCGGAGGAGCUGGAAACGAUCGAGUUGGAGGAGGGCACGCGCACCGGCAUCCUCGUCGCAUUCAUCGACAAGGGUGUGGCGGAAGUCUCCACCCACUUCGACAACUUCUUCGACGCGGCCGCUACCCCACGCGCUCCUGUGGAUCGCGCUCAGGGUGAGACGCGCGACGGUGUACCGACCCCGUCCGCGCCACGCAUCCUUCCGACUCUAGACACAAUACUCGGCUUGGAUACCGAGGAGGUGGAGGUCCCCACUACACCUCCAUCUGGGAAGUCCUGUGUUUCGCAGACGGCAGACGCUGGCGACACCGGUGUCCUACCGAAUGCGUUUGAGCACCGACCUCGGAGUCGAGGUGAGAGCGAUGUCUCAAGCCCGACCUCCUCCGUGGAGAGCGUUGCGCUGCCUGGGGUGGAAGAUGCUUGUGUGAACUUGGACGACCCUUGCGAAGCCACCCGAGACACACAGAACGUCGAUUUGGUUACGAAGCUCUACGAGGUCAUUGCGGAGAGCGAUAACUGCGUGCAGCCCUUCACUUUGGAUCCUUUCUUCGACUACGACGCCGACAUCCUCGGCGAGGCAUUCCGCUCCGGUGCCGCGUGGCGGAGAGACUGA